AUGGAGGAUACUGCAACGGGACCGGCAAAGAAAAGUGGCACCACGCUCUCCGUGGACCGAGCUGCCUUCCUCCUGCUGCGCGUCAGGAAAGUGUUCAAGAAGAAGCGACAGCAGCGCAAGGAGCGACAGGCCCAGCAGCAGAGUGGCGCCGCCGCGGCAGGAGCUGGCGGUGUGGGAGGCGGUGGCUCUGGAUCCGGAUCCGGCUCACAAUCGCGGACGGGCAGCCGCAAGCUGCCGCCGCCAUUGUUACGGUCGCGCACACUGCCCGCCAUUAUUGUGCCAGGACUUCCGGUCGUCUCGCUGCACACGGACAAACAAACAUUUCAAUUGGACGAACGUUUACUGGCCAGUAAAAGCCGCAGCGGCAGCGCUAGUGGCCAUCGUUGGUCGCUCCUCACACGUGCCAGCAACAACAGCAGUAGCAGCAGCGCCACCACAGGCAACAACAAUGCCGCCAGCAGCAAUAACAACAACAACACACAUUUAGCCAAUAACAACAACACGCUGAUGGUGAAAUCAUUGAAUUUGCCGAAAGACGAUAGCAAUUUGGUGUACAGGCGGAAAUCCUCGGGCAGCACGCCGCACCAGCAUCACGGCACGCACCACCACCACCACCAGCAUCAUCACCAUCUGCAGCAACAACAGCAGCAGCAGCAGCAUUUGCAGCAGCAACACCAACAGCAUCUGCAGCAGCUGCAGCAUCUGGGUGAAAGCUCACUGUUCCACCUCUCCGACGACUUCGAGUGCCAUGCGGAUGGCUCCCUGCUGCUCAGGAUCCCCGCCCCGCAUGUGGUGGCGGCGCGUGCCUAUCGACUGGCAGCUCGAAAGCGAGCCGCUGCCUCUUCGGAGGCCACCACUCCUCUGGCCCGGGAACACACGCUCCACGAACUACCGCUGGCCGAGGCGUCUAGCUCGGGAUCCAGCUCCGGAUCGAGCACGACCUUCACGCGCCUAGCCAAAUUGCUGCAUCAAUCAAGCGCCUUGGCAGGCAGGUCCAAUCUGCAGCCACCGCCGCCGGGUGACAAUGCGGUCCAGAGUCUGGGACUCGGCCUGGGCCUGGGUCUCGGCGAGGAGGCGCCACGUCGUCUAUCCUGGGAGAGGCGCAAGGACAGCAGUGCUCUACAGCGUUCCGCCAGCAUCGACUCCUUUGCCGAGAUUGUGUUUAGCGACCUGCCACGCCCCUCGCUCGCCGUCACGGCGCCAGGUACCUCCGCCACUGGAUCCGGAGGAGCCCCAUCCCCGUUCAGCAAACGUCCCUCGGCCAGCAGCCUGUACUCCACAUCGACGACCAGCUCCUUUGGCUCACAGGCACAGGCCCAGCUGAAUGUCAAUUACGGUGACUCGGCGGCCGGAUCCGGAACCGGGACUGGAGCGGGCACGGGUCACCAUGGGAUACCGGGCGGCAAUGGGGCCAACAGCGCCAGCAGCAGCCGGAGGGAGAGCAUGCUAAGUCCCUCCUCCACGCGACGCUCUAAGCUGACCAGAAUCAUAAACGGUGAGUGCGGAAUAAACAAACUCAGAAACCCAGUGGCGUACGCAGGACUUAAUCCUGAGGGGGCGGAUCAAGCGGAAGAUGGCAUGGGAAAAUGGGCCAGGAAGUCGGGAGAGUCCGAGUGA